AUGUCUGCUCCUUCAUCACGUGACCGAAAAUCAAAUCCCUCACGCGAAGAAGCUGCUUUAAGGAGCUAUUUUCCGGCCAUGAAGUUAUUACCUGAUAAACAAUUCCAUUCUGAUGUUGCUUUUCGUCAAACUGGCGAACAUUUUGCUGUGAUUUCAGAAAACAACAUGAUUAGCCUCUUUGAUGUUGCAACAUGCAAUUUAGUGAAAAGCAUACCAAAUCGUAAGUACCAAUGCAAUAAAUUACUUUUUCAUCCAGAUUCUGUUCGUAUCAUCUUAAAUUCUUUUAACGAUAACGAUCAUAAAGCACGAUUACUUAAUGUUGAAACAGAUGGAUUCGAUCUCUAUUACACAGGGCCAAAUGGACAGAUAACUUCCAUGGCUACAACAGAUGCUUGUUUAUUUACAGUUUCAGAAGACGAGCGUCUCCAUGUAUUCGAUGUUAAGACAGCAGAAGUAAUAACCAAGAUAGAUUGCCCUCGAGAAUCACAAGUUGCUACUCAUCCGAACGGAAAAUGCAUGGUUUUAGCAAAUACAAGCGAGCUAAGCCUCUACGAUAUACGUAACAUGGAUCAAUCAGUUUGCUCCAUUCAUUUCUCGCCUGGCUGUAAAGUUGCUCCUCAUUUUGGAGAAAUCGGAAAUAAUUUAUUAAUUACUGGCUCUAAAUACGCAAAACUACAUUCAUUGCGUGAUUUAUCAGUAAUACGAACAUUUGCACAACUUGAAGAUGAAUUCUUCACAACAGGAGCUUGUUUUACAGCUGAUGAAAAAUAUGCUUUGGUCGGAUCGUCAGAUAACAGUAUUUUGGCAUACGAUGUUCCUCAUUCUAGGAAGGACACACCAUUAUACGAGAAAACUGUCUUAACUGGCCACAUUUCUCCGGUCAAAGGAAUUGCUGUUUCAAAUAGGUACUUUAAUAUGGUUUCUUUUGGAGAAGAUUGCUUGUUUUGGUCUGUUGAUAUUGAUUCAUUUAACAGUUUAGGCUAUAAAGAAUAG